AUGGGCCUCUGCCGCGCGCUCGCCGCGCUCCUCGUCCUCGCCCUCGGCGCCGCGGCCUCCGAGGGCUUCUCCGAGGUCGCCAAACUCGUCGCGUCCGACGGCGCUGCGGCCGACCGCUUCGGAACCUCGAUUUCGACGCAUGGGGACCUGACCGUCGUCGGCGCGUUUCUCGACGACGACGCCGGCUCCCAAUCCGGUUCGGCCUACGUCUACCGCAGGUUAGAUUCCAUCUCCGCGUCCAGCGACGGCGUCGUGACCCACCUCGCGUCCCUCUCCUGCCUCGGCAACGACGCCUGCCCGAGCGCGUUCACCCUCGACGAGUCCGGCAUCGCGUCCGAGGUCACGCCGUCGUCGACGUUCGGCUCCGACGGCACGGUCACGCUCGUCAUGGACGUCGUCACGACGGGCAGCAGCUCCGAGCUCACCGGGACGCUCUCCGUCGGCGUGGACUGCAUCGACUUCCAGCUCGCGGCCGGCUUCUGCCAGGAGGCCGAUUCGGCGUCGUUGUGCGCGGAGCACUCGACCGUCACGCGGACGCUCGACCCGACGACGCUCGUCGAGGCGUGCCCCGGCAGCGCGGUCCAGGACGAGAACGGCAUCAUCACGCUCACGCUCGGCGUCACGAUCGGCGUCGGCCACUCGGACCCCUUCGACGCGCUCGCGUCCUUCGAGCACGAGGUGACGUACACCAUCGACGUCGUGGACCAGGUCGCCAUGUCCUCGUCCACGGCCGGCAUCGACACGCAGACGGUCUCGGAGAGCCUCGACCUCGGCGUCGCCGCGCACCGCGUCGCCCUCGACUCGAGCCCCACGGCGCCCUGCGACAUCUACUCCGCGUCCUCGAGCGCGACCAUGGACGCGAACUCGCGCGUCUGCCUCAUGCUCAACACGACGGACGAGGACUCGGAGUCCUACGUGGCAUUCCUGAAAGAUGCGACCGUGCGCAAUCUCGACUCGGGCCUCGAGUACGCGCUCGUCUCGAACCGGAAAUUCGGCCAGUCCGCCCCCGGCUACAAGUACGCCGGAGCCUGGCUCAACGACGCCCACGCGGACCUCGCGGAGCUGACCAAGGCUUACCACGACUACUUCACGUUCUUCCUCCCUCCGGGGCUCCGCCCCGACGAGGGCGCCGCGGCGAACCUCGAAGUCCAAAUGGUCGUCGAGUACCACCACGUCGACACCGGCGCGCGGAAGCUCCGCCGCGCGACGCGCGAGCUCCAAGCCGCCGCGAAUGAAGACUCGGCGGUCCUCCAGCUCGGAGCCUCGAACCCGUCGCUCGCGGAGGAGGGCACGGCCGGCGUGGACCUCAAGCUCGAGCUCGACGGACUUCCCAUGGACGACUACCUGGCCUCCGGCGACGUCGACGAGAGCCUCGUCGCGAGCACCGUGGACGCGGCCCGGGUCAUCACGGGGGACCAGGUCGAGCUCACGGGCGUCGCCGCGUCCGCCGACGGCAUCUUCGUGCAGAUCCACGUCUCCGGCAUCGACGACGCCGGCGCGCGCUCGGUCUCGGCCGCCGUCGCGGCGGACGUGACGUCGGGCAACUUCUACUUCCGCCUCGCGUCCAACGGCCUCGUCGUGAACACCGUGGUCCUCGCCGGCGACGUCGUCGCGUACGAGGAGGCCGCGGCCAUCUCCGUCGUGGACCUCGAGGUCGAGAGCGCGAUCGCGUUCGAGAACCUCGACGUCUCGGCGUUCAACGACGACGCGCGCGCGCGGCUCCAGUUCAAGAAGGCCAUCGUCGCGUCCGUCGCCGACGUCACGAGCACGGACCAAGUCACGAACGUCCGCGCCGUCGAGGCGCGCCGCCGCAAGCUCGAGGCGGGCGCCCUCGUCGAAUACACGGUCGUCGUCACGCAGACCCUGCGCGACGCCGGCGCCGACUACGCGGAGACCUACCUGUCCGAGUUCGUCGCCGGCGUCGCCGAGGCCGCCGACGACGGCCUCUUCGUCCAAGUCCUGCAGCAGGGUGGCCAAGUCUUCGCGGACGUCGCGGUGGACGUCGAGGCCACGUCCGCGGUCCUCGAAGCGACGACCGUCGCUGCCGAGGAGCGCUCCGAGGCCUCCUCCUCUUCCGAUGACGGCACCGAGUCCGCGAGCGCGGACGUGCCCAUGUUCAUCGGCAUCGCCGGCGUCGUCGUCCUCGCGGUCGGCCUCGCCGCGCUCUACAAGGCCCGCAAGACCAACGCGGCGGUGCCUCCCGUCGUCGAGGCCGAGACCGCCAAGGCCCCCGAAGUCUGA